GUUCAAAUUCUCAGUUCGGAAUUUAUUCCUCUCAUUAAGCAAAUACUCGGCAAAAAUUCAAUCAGCGAAGUGCUAGCCAAAGAACGCCCGCCCUUUGACGGCAAAAAAGGACCAGAAAAAAUCUACUUGCUGAUUGGCAAUCCAGAAAAUAUCGAAAAAAAGUUAUUAGAUUGCUUAGCCAGUUUUUCCUCUGCUCAAAAAGCCAAUUUUCAAUUUGUAGUUGGUAUUCCACCCGUAAUCGGUGGUGAGAUGAGAUUAGCCCGCAUAAUUGACUAUCUUUACACCCAGAGCGAAUACAUAAUUAAUUUCAGCAAAAAAGAAUAUUUAAGCCUCGGGGUUAGUUUUUACGACUUAAAAUUGCUACUUCACUUAUUACAACCAGCAGGAAUAAUUAACCUCCAAAACAGUUAUAAGAAUAAAAAUUUUCUACCCCAUUUGCCUGGUCGAUUUUUGACUCUCAAUAAUGGUUGUGCCCUGGAAUUUCCCACUCAUAAAAUUUCCCCCCUCAAAACUAAAAAAUCCUUGAUAAGUUUGGAGGAAAUAUUGGUCGAACAAAGGAGUAAUUUAGGGCAAAGCGGGCUAUUAAUCAUUCUUCUUACUGCCGAAUGGGGCAGCAGUAAUCUCAACAACGGAGAACAGGAAAUAAAAGUGCCUGGUGAAGCAACAAAAAAUAAAUUACAAUUAAAAGAGUUGAUGACCGACGAAAUUAACUUCCGAUAUCCAAAAAGAGGACCCACUAAAAAUAAUAAAAAAAGCCGUGGAAAAAAGAUUAAAUGGUUUGACGAUAAAUCGAAACCAAAAAAAUACAUUUUGGCUAUGUUUCCUUAUCCGUCAGGAAGUGGUUUGCAUGUCGGACAUAUCCAUGCUUUUGGUUUACCGGCCGAGCAAUACGCAAUACAGACUAAUAAUCACCCCGCUACUUUCACCCAAAAAAAUAUUGAUAAUUUUAAGAGGCAACUAUUAAGAAUGGAAAAUGGCAAAAAAGAACUUUUGAAGGAAGAAGAACUGCCUUUAAUUCUCCCCCCUCUAACCGAUUUUACUCCUAAUCCCCGUUAUUAUUCACCUCUUCAAAAAGCGGAAAAUUGA